AUGGAGGACACGGGGCGAAACAGCAAUUCUUUUCGGGACUUGGAUGAGUCAUCACUAGCGCUUCUGCGCCGCAGGUACCCAGAACUGCACGCCCUCGCGCACGCCAAAAAGGGGGCAAAUGGCUCGUGCGGCAGCGGUGACUGCGUGGAGUUCUCAUGUGGGCUCGAUGGCGCAGCGGCACUCUUUCCUCUGGGGGCCAGUGAAAACGGCGCCGCACGCACCAAUGGCGAUGGCGCAACCGACUCUAAUGGCGAAUGCGCCACCGCGCCAGCGCUCGAUAUGGUGGAGCGUCUGGUGCAAAAGGCCAACGCAAUCUCCAUCAAGAAGAGGCGUAGAGAUGGCCUGAGCCCAUUGGCAGCAGCAACAUCACCACCAAUUUCUUUUGCCGCCCCCGCCUCCAGUGUGGCAGAGGACGGUAUCAGCAGCACCGCUACCGCGGCGAUUGGUCGCAGCCGCAGCAGUAGAGGCGGUGGGCGCAAUGUGGGGAUGCAGUUGGACUCGCCACGGCGGUUGCUACUUGAGGCACUAACAAACAGCGCCAAGGCAGAUGAGCAAUCUAUCCGUGACGAGCUCGCACCCAGCUUCGCGGAUGGGGUAACUUUAGUCCAGCUGCUGCAGCAGUGCAGAGGCGGCUUAUGUGUCUCUCUUGGGCACUCAGAGGACUGCGCGGAUGAACAAAACGGUGCAGCGUCGUCACCUUCGACGGUAACGAACUCCUCUUCGCUGGACAACAGCGUGGCACUGUCCCUGGGUGGUAUGUCAGGGCGUGAGUUCCGCGCGCAGCUGUCGGCAGCCGUGGCGUUGAUGACCUCCGAAUCGAUAAAGGGCGGCGAUGGAGAGACGAGUGCGGCGAUGCUGCAUUUACACAGCAUUCUUGAGAACGCUUCACAAUUCGAGCAUUCACGUGAUGCAAUCCAGGUGCUGAAGUACAUGGACAAGAAAGAGCGGUAUUUGGACGACGACGGCGCUGAUGGCGAUGCCAACAACAAAAACCUGUACGAAGACGACAGUGGCGGCGAGGCGGAGGGGCAAGAGGCAGAGCGGGGACCCUACUACGAGGAGGACAUGGAAGACUUCAACAAAACCAUUGACAAGAUGGGGCGGCUGACUCUCUCCACAAUGCGGGAUCUGGCGGAGUUGUGGACGAUCCACCUGGACGAGGCAGAGACUGAUCGGGUAUGCCGCAUGAAAAUAACAGAGAGACUUCGCUUGCUCGCUGUCACGAUUGUCGACGUCGUUUCAGACCGGUUGAACCCGCACGCCCCGUUGUCGUCGUCACCCGGCGUUAGCCAGCGGCAGAACAGCAAUGACAGCAGCGCCAGGCACAAGCAGCAGCAGCAGCAGCAGCAGGGCAGGUCAGGGCAGGUUGAUACGGACGCCGCUGUGGCAACGCAGCAGUUGGCGCCGGCAGCCGGUGAGCGGGUUCGUGCACUCGUUCUCUCGCUGCGGCACGAAAUUUGCUUGUUGAGCCCCGAGCACCUGGAGCGUCUCGCCAGCAUGCUUGGUUUCAUCGAUUGCAGCUGCUCACCAGAGGAAAUAUUCAUCACGAUCUCUGCCCUCGGCGUCCUGACGUUCUUCUCCCCACUGCCAACGCCUCUGCUGGAGAAGGUCUGCCAUGAGCUUGGCAUUCCCACGAAGGACGAGAGCACCGAGUCCGCCGACGCCAAUCAACUUCCUGAGCUCCUGGCGGAGAGGAUCAGUCAUUAUUUUUACCCACUCCGACACACUGUGCCUUUCAUCACGAAGGUCCCAUUCAUGCCGCAGAUGAAGAUACACGAACACGCCCCUGGGCGCUACACAUGUACUAUUGAUAACGCCAAACUCAUGAAGGAGCUGGCGCUGCAACGACUGGUAAGUAAUCGGUUUAGUUGCAAGAAGGUUCGCUGGUAUGCGCUUCUGGCGGUAAAAAAUGACGAACUCAGUUUCUACGUUUGGCAUCGGCACAGCAGCUCCCUUCGUGCACACAUGGUCGUGCGGACGCAGGACCCUAAAAAAAGGCGGAAGAACAAUGGCGCCAUCGGCGACAACAACAAUGGCAAUGCUGACGCUUCGCCGAGCCAAGAAUCGACGCUCAGGGAGAGCUCUGCACUGUUUAUUGAGCGAGAGGGAGAGGCUGCACCAGGCGAGCUAAUCGGGUUCGACAACUUUGUUCCACUGACGAUGGCGCUGCGCAGCUCCACCAUGUCGCAGUCCGGGUACCGCCUCUACAACCGCACGGAGGACCGCCUCGUCUUUCAGUACGUGAUGCAGCUGAUGCACCCUGACGGUACCCCACUUGAAGAUGGAAAGAAGAAGUCGGAAAGCAAUCACACCAGCAGCAAAAACACGUGUACAAGGCGAGGCUGCGACCACAGCGCGGAACGCUGUGGGUGCGACCAACAGGUGGCGCUGGUAACAGCAGCAGAGAGGGCGAAGCGCCUCAAAGAGUGGGAGAAGCUCACCAGCAAACUCGAAAGGAACGAAACGCAAGAACGUGAGAGUGUGGAGCAGGCGUGGAAUAGCGUCUACCGCCAACUCAUGAACGAGUAUGGUAAAGCAUUGCAGAAGGCGGCUCAGAGGAAGAAGGAUCGUGAACGCAAGACACUCCUUGCAAAGGUCGGUCCAAGCCCUGAGCUGCAUCGCGAGCUCGACAUGUUGACGCAAACGGUCACCACCAACCGCGCACAUGUGAACAAACUGACGAAAGACAAGACAAAAGAAGAGGAGGCGAUACAUCGAUUCAAGGAACAGAUCGAAGAGGGUAACCGAGAGCUGGAGAGACUGCGCCAAUUGCUCAAAAGCCAUGGUGAAGUGCUCUCUGGCCUAGAGUCCGAUACCACAGCCUGCAUUGCGCGGACUCGGGAGCGGCAAGAGGCAAGGUGGCUCAAACAGCGAGAGCUGGCUGCAGCGCUGCACAUCCCUGAGCUUUCCACAACACGCCACGAGACUUUGGCAAUAAACGACCUUGAUUCCUUCUGGGCCCCAUCUUCUACGAACGGUGCGGUCUCUCGUCUGUUCGCAGCGGCGACAUCCCCCACACAAUCCUCAGCGCACUGCACACCACAGUCGCUGGUGGGCGCGAGCGCUACUACUGCUCCCACAUCUUCUUCCACUGGUGCUGCUGCUGCUGGUGGUGGUGGUCCUCUAAUCCCGCUUCCGCGCUCUGCUGUGGUGGGUGGCGCUGGGGCUUUCUCGCCCCCUCUGGGGCCCACCGCCACGGGGGCCGCCGUCAGCACGAGCGGCGCGUUGGGCGUCGCUCUGUCGACGUGGGGCCCACUGGCGGAGCCAUUGCCGUUCACAACGGCCGUCCGAGGUAGCAGCACAGGCGGUAUCUUCGACAGCCCGUCGGCCACUUUCUCCCAGCAGCCGCCGCUGCCGCAGUUGGACGCGGUGCCCCUUGGCGUUGCGGACGUUGUGAACAGCACGGGGACCGCACCGUCCGCCGGCUUCACAGUAACUGCCCCGUUCACCACAGCCAGCGCCGUGACACGCUUUACGCUGGACGCAAACGCUCGCCCCUUUACCCCGACAUCAAUGGUGACAGCGCAGACUGGCAGCAGCACUGCCUCGCACUCGAAUUUCACUGUCGUUGCCGGUGGUGCCACCGUCUCGCAGCGAUCGCCCACUUUGACAUCGCCCAUGGCCGGCAUCUCUGCGAGUAGCCCCGUGCUUGCGGGCGGUGGCUUCCCGGAGAAGCCGCGCUACACGUCGGUGUCGACGACGGUGCCAGGCGGUCUCUUCAGCACCGAUCCACUCCAGGCCGCCGCGCCGCUCUUCGCGCCGCCCGGACUGCAGAGCGGCUCCGGGGCCCUCGCGCAGGAGAACUGCGGCGGACUUUCGCUCAACUUCACGACGGCGCCGUGGAAUUAA